AUGAUCGCCGGAGUACAGAGCGUCAUGCCGGUGGAAGUGACGCAGCACCGGAAAGUCCGUUACAUAUCCGUCGGAGAUCCCGUCGGAGUAGGAAUAUUCCGGCGAACACUAAACAUAGUUACGUAUUACAAGCAAGAAGGUGAUAGUGGUGAGAGAGGGUGGUUAGUCGCCGGGUGGAUCAAGGAGUCCUUAGGGAGAGCCUUGACGGAGCAGCCGAUGCUCUCCGGUAGGCUGCGGAGGAGGGAGGAUGGUCUGGAGGUGGUGUCCAACGACAGUGGCGUCAGGAUGGUGGAGGCAAUUUUUCCGGCGAGUUUGCCGGAGUUUCUCGAAAUGGUGAAGAGAGACAAAAGCACCGAAGCAGAGACUGUCUUCUGGAGAGACAUUGAUGAAGCUGAUCCUCAGUUCUCUCCAUUGUUCUAUGUUCAGGUGACUAAUUUUGAGAGUGGUGGAUACUCAAUUGGGAUAAGCUGCAGCAUCCUAAUAGCUGAUCUCAUCCUUGGGACAGACUUCUUGACCAAAUGGGCUCAAAUCCAAAGCUCUUUAGCUCAUUCCAAAACAACAUUCAAACCAAUCUUUCACCUCCCUUCUCUCAAGCAAGACCUUGGUGUUUUCCUCACUGACCUCACUAGGUCAGCCUCGGUUCUCGACCGUGGCGAAUCCGUAGUGUCACUAGCCUGCAUGAAAAAAGAAAGUGGCGAUGUUUUCUUGUUCAUCAAGGAACAUGGCUGUGGCGAAACUGAAUGUGAUGAUAUUAAGGUAGAGAUACACUCGAGAGGUGAAGCGAUUAGCGAUUGCGAAUGUACCGAUUUGGAGGAGACAAGUGUCGGAGUUCUCAAUGCAAGUUUAGCGUUUGAGGAAAGAUCUGAAGGUACUUCGUGUUGGGUUGGGUCUGUCUCAAAAGGGCUUGUGUUUCUUGUCCCAUCUACUUUUGGAGGUGCCAAGUCGCUUGUCAAAUUUAUUUUCGCAUUGCCAAAAGAGUAG